UGUGUUCGCCGGGAAUAUGACACCGUGUCGGCGAUGAUACAGUAGCAUCAGAGAUCAGACUGGCGACAGGCUCGCAGCAUCACCGAGAACACCGGAGUCAUGCAGUGAACGGGAUUCAGGGUUGAAGUCGGCCAGUGAUGAGUGGGCGGUCAGAAAACAACAACAGCAGCAGCAGCCCUGAGCUCUCAUCUGAUUGGCUGUCGUCCAGCUGCCCUCCUCCUGAUUGGCUGUCGUCCGGCUGUCCUCCUCCUGAUUUGCUCUCCUCCGGCUGCCCUCCUCCUAGUUGGUUGUCCCCCGGCUCUCCUCGCCCCAAUUGGCUGGGCUUCUGUGAAGGCCACGCCUACUCCGCUGCCGUCCAAUGCGCUGCCCAGCUGCGCGCCUUGCUUCAGGAUAGCCCUGCCCCCGACACGCACACACACACACAUACCUCCGCACACACACACACCUCCGUUGCCCUCUUCUGUCGCCUCUACACACACACCUUUACACACACACUCCUCCGCUGUCUGAAUUCAGACACACACACACCUCCCACACAGCCCCAGUCCUCAGAAGAACCAGACACACACACACACUCUCCUUCCUCAUCCCAAGAGGGCAACGCGCUCGCACACACACACGUUCCCUCCUCAGAACCAGACGACGCGCAGACACACACAAACACACACUCACACUCCUCAGACCCAGAGACGCACACACAUACACACACACACUCCCCCGUGGAGGCCCAGGAGACUACAUACUUACACACACACACUCUAACACACUCGCCUUCCUCCUCCUCACCCCUGAACACACACACACCGCCUCUCGUCACACACCCUCCUGUAGAGCCCUUACAGACACACACACACUCCCCCUCAUCCACACGAGACACACACUCACAGCCCGCCAUCGAGUCCCCUGAGACACACACACACUCCAACACACAGACUCAUUACCCUGUUGCCAUAGAGCACAAAGAGACACACAUGCACACACACUCACUUUCAAACACACUCCCUUCCUGCACAGCACGAGACACACACUCGUACACCAACACACACUCUCCCUCCCCACCUCCCAUAGAACCCAGACAGACGCACACACACACACACACACACUCGCACUCAAACACACACCUUCCUGUGGACUCCUUAGAGACCAACACCCACUCAUACUCCAACACACACCCGCCCACUGAGCCCCAAGAGACGAGCGCACACACACACUCACCAACCGCCAUCGAGCCGUUUCCUGGCCUGCAGUCGUUUCCGUGGAGACGAGGGGCGUGGUCGGACAGCAUGGACGACUCGUUGCCCCGGCGACAGCAGAAGACCAGCGGGCCUCUGAGCCAGUCGCGCAGCUCGGAGGACGUGUCCCUGGCCCACGCGGACGCGCACACACACUCGCACACGCUGUCGCACUCGCACACGCUCUCGCACACGCACACGCACGGGCGUCCGCGGGUGCGUAAGGGCUUCAGCCUGCGGAACAUGAGCCUGAGCGUGGUGGGAGGAGUCAAGGACAUUUGGAGGCCACGCCUACAUCGCUCAGUAGGUGACACCCCUCAGUGUGAGGUUCAGAGGGAGGGGCUCUUGCGCUUCAUGGUGGCAGAUGAGGAGUCCUACCAGGGGGGGGCGCAGUGGCACAAGUGCCGCCUGUUACUACGGAAACUAUCGCAGACGGUCCCCCACCCCCACCAGGGCCAAACCCCGCCGACGCCCCCCGAGGGCCAACAACGCUUUAUGCUGGAGUUUUAUGUCCCGCCAAAGUCCUCCAAGGCCAAGGUGAGCGUGCCUCUGUCCGCUAUUGAGGAGGUGAGGACCACUAUGCCACUGGAGAUGCCUGACAAGGACAACACCUUCGUACUGAAGGUGGAGAAUGGAGCAGAAUACAUCCUGGAAACUAUUGACUCUCUACAAAAGAACUCCUGGGUCGCCGAUAUACAAGACUGCAUUGACCCAGGGGACAGUGGAGAGGACAUAGAGCUGGCCUGUUGUCCUCAUGGCCAGCCCACCAAAGACUUCAGUACACUGCCCUCAUGCAGCUGCACAGAAGGUGUGCAUCGGGCACCAGCAGCAGUGGACCAAUACAGUGCCCCCUGUGGUCGCAACCGGGAACUACACACACACCACCCCUCACACAUACCACUGGAACGCUUCCUACACACACACCCAGUGUGUGAUUCGCUAUAUGAUUACCCAUGGUUCCACCGCCCUCUGUCGCGGGUGCGAGCGGCUCAGUUGGUGAUGGGGGGCGGGACAAGGAGCCACGGCUUGUUUCUGAUUCGCCAGAGUCAGUCACGCCCCCAAGAACACGUGCUCACAUUCAACUACCAGGGCAAGGCCAAGCACCUGCGGUUGUCGGUGAGCGAGGGCGGCCAGUGUCGCGUGCAGCAUCUGAGCUUCGGGAGUGUGUGUGACAUGCUGAGGCACUUCCACACGCUGCCCAUCCCACUGGAGUCCGGAGGCAACGCUGACAUCACACUACGGGCCUACGUACAGAGAGAUCCACUAAAUCCACUGCAGAGAGAUUCCGAAGACCAGCCAACCCCCACGCACACACGCUCCGCCAGCGCAACAGAGCCCAUCACACACACACACCCUCACACACACCCCUCCACCUCCAGCACUGAGUCAGACGUCCCCAGCAUACCCCCCUCCUCCACCCACCACGGCCCCACAGGAGACGGGCCUUCGUCUGUUGCGUCUGUGGGGGCCAUGUCUGUAGCCCCGGCGUCAGUAGGUGGCUCGGUGUCUGUAGUAGGGGGGCCAAUGUCAGUAGGGGGCAGCUCCAUGUCAGGAUUGGGAGAGUCUGUGUUGGUGUCUCCACCAAUGUCCAUGGGGGGGUCGGGGGGGGCAGGAUUCUCGGGAAUGGGGGGGUCCUCAUCUGGGUUGGCCACGUUGGGUCGUAGUAACUCAGUGUCUCCCCCUGGUGUCAUGGGGGCGUCGUUGAAUCGCAGCAGCAGCUCCGAGAGGCUUUUGGCGCCCUCCAAUGGUCAAGCGGAGGAUUUCGACCCGGACGCACACCGCACCCGUGCCGUGGAGAACCAGUACUCCUUCUAUUGAGAGAUGGGGAGAGGGGUGUCACACACAAGUCACACACACCGGGACUCUUGGUUUACCUCGUGAGACACACAGCCUUGAAGAUACACACGUAUGUGCACACACACACAAUGAAAAGACUACCCCAUAUCGGUACUCUCUUUCUCUUUCUCUCUCUCUCUUUCUCUUGCUCUCUCUCCCUCACACACACACA